AGUAGUAAUUUGUUUCUUAAUUUUAAUAGUUAAAUUUUAAUGGAGGGAAGUUAUAAAGAUGGAAAAAAGGUUGGUUAAUGGGUUUUAAUAUUUAAUAAUUAAGAAAAGUAUUAAUACUAAAUAGAUAGUUAGAGGUGGAGGAUGUUAUAAUGAUGAAGGAUUGAAGAAUGGUUGUUGGACUGAAUUACAUGAGAAAUAUAAUGAGUAAUUAACUAUUUAAUUUAGAUAAUGCUAAAUUAGCAUUAAAGGAUAAUAUAUAAAUGGCAUAAAGUCAAAUUCAUGGAUAAUAACAUAUUAAGAUAAACAUCUGUAGUUAUUAUAAAUUAUUAAUGAAUAGUGGGGGAGGAGAUUAUGAGGAAAGUUAGAAAACUGGACAUUGGAUCGAAGUCUAUGAAAAUUUCAAUGAGUACUAGAUUAAUUUAAUUAAUUAUUUUUAGUAGAUGUUAAAUUAUUUUAGAGGGAGAAUAUAUAAAAGGAUAAAAAUCAGGAUAAUGGAUAACAAAACUAAGAGAAUCAUCUGUAGAAUAAUUCUAAUUAAUUAUGUAGAUUAAUAAAAUGUAUUUUAGUGGAUAAGGUAAUUAUAAAGAUGGACUAAAGAUUGGUGAAUGGAUUGAUAUAGAUUUAAAUUAUGAAUUGUAUUAAAAACAUUAAUAAUAAAAAAGAACUAAUUAAAUAACUUAUUGUGGAGAAUAUUAGAAUGGUAGGAAAUUAGGAUUUUGGUAAAUUAAAUAAAAUUAAGUUGUUAUGUAAUUAAAUUUAAUACAUAUAAUAGUGGAGGGGGUGUAUAUCUUUUAGGAGCAAUAAAAGAUGGAUAAUGGGUUGAAUUAGAUGAUAAUUUUAGUGAGUAUUCAUAAAUUAAUUUUUAAGUUUAUGCUAAAUAUUCUAUAGCGGUUAGUAUAAGAAUGGAAUAAAAAAUGGGGAUUGGGAAAUUAAAAUGAGAAGCAAAAAUAAUUUAAAUGAUAUAAUAUUUUAAGGAGGAGGAAAAUAUUUAUAAGGAGUUCAAAUUGGAAUUUGGAGAGAAUUAUCUUAGAAUAGUUGGAAGUUUAAUUAUUCUAUUAAUUUUUAGUGAUUGUUAAAUAAUAUAUGAAGGAUCCUAUGAAAAUGGAAAAAAAUAUGGAAAAUGGGAUACUUAUGUAUAAUAAGAUUCAUCAAUAUAAAAAAAAACAUUGUAAUAAAACUAUGAUAAAUUUAUUAGAGAAGGAGGAGGAUAAUAUAAUAUAAAAGGUUUAAAAGAUGGUCCUUGGAUUGAUUUAUCAGAAAGUAUUUGGAAGUAUUUAUAAACUAUUAAAAUAGUCCUUAAUAAAGUUUGAUUGUUUAGAAAUUUUAAUCAGGAUUAUCUUUAAAAAAUAGUUCAUGAU